CAGAUGACAGUUAUCUGCAGUUUUUGAUAAUUCAACGUUCACCUGGCUUCCAGUAAAUUCUCUAAUAGCAAGAAAUGCAACUCGAAAAAACUCCAGGUCCUCUUCUCUCUCCUGCUGUGCCUUGUUAGGUAGCUAGGUCAUGAAAGCUGUGCGGAGAGGGCCAGGUAAUAUCCCUAAUGACAGAAAAGAAGAUUUUCAGCUUACCUCCGACCUCGACACAGUGCAUUGCACUACCAGAGUCUUCACAUGUGACAGCGGAACUCCAACGCACACACCCAUAGACCAACACCUUAAAAGGCUAUGCACAUUUACCUCACCAAGACGCAGAAGCAGGCUGGAAAGAUGAGCACCAACAACCCCGAGGACUGGUGCUUACGGCUGAUUCUUCUUUGUUGUUCCUUAAAGACACUUCAUGGCUCAGGCUGGGACGUGUACCAGUCCCCUGAUUUCAUAGAGGAGAUGGUGGGUAACUCCAUUACACUGAAAUGUCACAUCGCAAACAUCGUAUUUGAAAACUCCUGCGAGUCCAUAAUUUGGGCUAAAGUACACCCAAGGAACGGGGAAUUGGUUGUUGCGGACCCCGCAUCAGAUAAAAACUUUGAUGCAGCCAAAAACGAAACUACAAAAUCAUGUGAUUUAAUAGUCAUAGGCCAGAGCCAGGCAUAUUCUGGCAUGUACUAUUGUUGGGCUAAAGUAGCGAGUAUAAGAAUUCAAGGAAAUGGAUCAAGAGUGUCAUUCACAGGAACUUUAACCGCUUCUGUGGAGCUUUUUUCGCCACGGAACAGUAACGCCUCAAGUGUCCCGUUUAUCUGUUGGGCGAAAGGAGUUGUCCCAUCACAAGUCCGUAUCUUCUGGAUUAUGGAUGGAAGUGAAUAUAAUGGACACACUGAAUCUAUUUGGUCUAACGACAGUCAUUCAGCAGCAGAAUUCACUCAAAGUCGGACUUGGACCCCCGACUGGACAGGUGUAGCUGGGAUAGAGUGUACGUGUGUGGUCGAAAUACGAGGAAAGAACAUUUCAAAAACCAUUCAAUAUAUGCCAGGAUCAGCUCCGAACAGCGCGUGCUUAGUCCUUGUGUAUGGAAUCUCUUUUACAUCACUUUUCAUCGUGGCAGGAUGGCUUCUGGUUGUUAUAUAUCAUGGGCAAAAAAGUAAGAAAACUCACAAGAUAGACCACAGACAUAAAUUCAGUAAACAUGGAACAGAUACUCUUAAAGGACCAUCUUACAAUGAAGUGCUGUAUUCCAGUCUGAACAACAUCCAGCCGCCAACAAGUGCUGGACUUCAAAGGGAUUAUGUGGCAGAAAACGGAGCGGAAGUUAUCUGUUUAGAUUAGAUGGACAUAUUCAUCUGCACAGUGUCAGUUCCUUCAUUUGGUUAAUUGUGCAGUAAAAUACUUUCAAAUAUAAUGUAUUGCAUAUUAAUUAACAUUUUAUGCAUAUUUGCAUUUUGUGUGUAUUGCAUUAUAUGGCUUUGUACUUUGCACAAUGACAAUAAAAGAUGACCCUA